AUGCCUCCAUUCGCGGUACCCGACACUGACCAUGCCGUUCUCAUCGGUCUCCUUGAGUCCUUCGAAGCAGCUCAUAGUCUGGGUCCUGCCAUAUCGCUAGCCACGACCAGAACACGGAAACGAUUGCUCAUUGUCCUCGUCUCCGAACUGUUCAACCCUUUCGAUGGCACUGCUGAACAUGGCGUAUCCCCUACGAGCGCAUGGGACAAUGUUCAGAGGCUCCUGACCUAUGUAUAUGUGCAAGCAACCAAGACUGCGCAGGACCAUGACCGAGUCUUGAUGGAUGUCGACGUCCUACUGAAAGGUACACAUGACCAUCUGCCGGAGGCAUCGGGCGAUGGGAUGCAGCGGUUGUUCAGGGUCGCAGGAGACCCAGAACUCCGUACACAACUUCCCCAAUCCGUGUUAUCAUUGCCGCAGACAUGGCUACCUCCAGGAGGUCCUGCAUAUCUGUCAGUAGAGACACGCUCGAAGAGUGGUCCUAGCAACCAAGAUGAGCACCUGCCACCCGUGUAUCCUGUCGUGGCGUUAGGGGGCACAUUCGACCACCUGCACGCUGGGCAUAAGAUCCUCCUGAGCAUGAGCGCUUGGAUUGCUCAGGAGAAAGUGAUCGUCGGGGUUACAGGGGAUAAGCUGUUGGUGAACAAGUCCAACAAAGAAGUUUUGGAGAAGCUCCCUGAGCGAGUGGCCCGCGUUCGGGCUUUCUUGGAAUUGUUCAAGCCCGGCCUCGUGUAUAACAUCGUGGCCAUCGACGACGUCUACGGUCCUACAGCCUGGGACCCGAACAUCCAAGCGUUGGUCGUGAGCCAGGAGACUUUGCCUGGUGCUGCCUCCAUCGAUAAACUCCGCAAGGAGAAGUCUCUGCCACCUCUGCGAACAUUUGUCAUAGACGUGAUAUCGUCUACAGAGUCCAGUCUUGAUCACACAAAUGCUGAACUGCUCAAACAGGCGAAGAUGAGCAGUACAUUCAUCCGUAAAUGGAUAGCAGCACACAUCGGUACCGGUAAGAUAUGA